AUGUCCGGUCGAGAGAACCCGUAUGAACGGAAGUUCGACCAAGGCUACGCCCGACGAGACAACGCAGGCGGGUACACCUUCCGCCAUGCCGGCCCGGGUAGUGAGCCUCACUCGUCGGAUUCCAACCGAUCGAGUAAGUCCGGCAAGUCGAACCAGUCGACUAAGUCGGCCAAGGAGAAGCGGGAUGCGCGGAUCCUGGCAAACGACUUCACCCAAUCGCCGGAGGAUAGCUUCGAGGACGCCCACGACCGGACGUUCCUCGAGCUACCACAGGCUGAGUCGGAGGUUCUGCAUGACCCAAUAGGUCAAACUGCGAACUCCGAGCCUGCGGCUGGACUUGUGCACCCAACAGGUGCCUCGCCAGUCUUCUUCCCGGCCAUCACCCCGGACCAUGGAGCCUCGAGCCCGGCGCUAAGUAGCUCCGAGGCGUCACCAGACAUGGGUGACCCUGUGCAGCCCCAACAGGGCAGCAUGGCUGGACCGAAACCGAGGCAAGGCCAGAUGAGCCCGAGCCAGACGAAGGGUACGGUUGGAACACCCAAGACCCGGCCGGCAACCCCCACUUCCUCGGCUAAAAAAGCCGUUUCCCCGGUCAAAUUCCGGAUUUCGUCGGUUGCAACCUCCACGGGCGAGGUUGAGGGUUCGGUUACCGAGGUUAACUUAACCUCGGCUGGCGGACCGUCAUCCCCGAAACCCAAAACCCCCGGCAGUGAACCUAUGCUGACCCGAGCCAGCCGGAUCGAAGCCUCAAAGGCUGAUCGGAAGUCGAAAUCGGCUUCACCGAAGGUUGCAAAGCCAACCUCGGACCUUCCGGCCACACCCCCGAUGUUCGAACCCUCGGACCUCGGGGCUGGUAAAACUCCAUCACCGACCGACGAUGUCUUCGACGCAACCGUGUUACCCAAUAAGGUGACCGAGCGUCCGGACAGCAGGAAAGGCUUCAGGUUUCCGUCACCGAAGCAAUACCCAGGCUCACACAUCGGAGCCUCGGACUACACACCCCGGCGGUACCUGACAAAGACCCCUCCGGAGAAGAUUGACAACCCACAAGUCCUCCGUCAACGGAUUUACGAGCUGCAAAACCAGCUCUUGGCCGGACAAAACAUCGUCGAAUCGACGGAGAAUGUUCUGUCCCAGACGGUGGCUUCGCACAAACAGGAGCGCAAGAGGCUCACUGACGAACUUGAACGUGCGAAUGCUGUCAUUGAUGACCUCACCCAAGAGAUUGAACGGUUAGAGGCCCAGUUGCAAGUAACUGAGGAGCCCCGCCGUCACGAACAAGCCGAAGUCACUAGACUCCAGGACAUGCUGGAGCAGUCUCGGGCCGAAGUGGCCACCCUGCGCCAGGACUUGGAGCAGCGGUUACAGGCCCUCGGCUACUCCGAGGCUGGCUCGGCGGAACUCCAUAAGAUGUUCGACCGGGUGGAUGAGUAUCGCGAGGAGAACCAUCACCUCAAACAAGGCAUCAUCGGCCUGGAGGGAGAGAUCGACGAGCUCAACUCGGAACUCGACUUCCUCCGGACGGCCUAUGCGAAUCUCCGGGAGAACCAGAACGACCCGGAGGGUAUAGCCUUAGACCUUCGGCUAUGCCAGGCCCAACUUGGCCAGCAGAUCCUCGCCCUCACCACCCAUCUUCAGAACGAAACAGCCCGGUUCGAACAGGCUCGCGUUGAGAAUCUCGCAGUCAUCGAGGCUCAACGGGCCCGGAUCACACAGUUGGAGUCCGAGAAGACCCAACUACAAAUCGAUCAGGACUCUCUUCUAAAGUACCAACAGGAACUUUACGACUAUAUACCACGGACGUGA